AAUGGAAAGCUCAGCAGCGCCACUUACUGAUGGGGAUGUUGACUUGACUCAUGGGGAUGAACGGGAUCUUGUUAACUCCAAAUCAUUGUUACCCCAAUGUAAUUCUCUAGCACGUGAAUCUGGUGAUGCUUCUCCGAAUACCCCCAAGGUGCCGCUCCAAGGGCCAACCCAGCACAGACUGAGCUUGAACCAUAAAGCUGCCGGCCCAGAAACAUCGGGGGUUAUUUGCUGUAACUGUGGGAAAUGCUUUGGGUCGGAUAGUGAGCUGUUUGCACACCGGAGUGUCUGUACUGGCAGGAAUUGUGAUACAAUGCUCACAGGGGGGAAACCCUUCAUCUGCACAGAGUAUGAGGCACAGGCCAGGGUUAAACAGAAUCACCGAAGUCAGAUGGGAGAGAAGCCCUUCACGUGCACAGAUUGCGGACAAGCAUUUAGCCACAAGUACAAACUGCUGGUUCACGUGAGCACCCACACGGGGGUCAAACCAUUCUCCUGUACGGAAUGUGGCAAAAGCUUCUGCUUAAAAAAUACCCUCACCCGUCACCAAAAGAUUCACACAGGAGAGAAACCUUUCAUCUGUACUGAAUGCGGGAAAAGCUUCUCCACCAAAAAUAUCCUUCAGACCCACCGGAGAAUUCACACCGGGGAGAAACCCUUCACCUGCUCAGAAUGCGGCAGGGGUUUCUCUCAGAAGGUCAGCCUUCGCUUGCACCAUAAAAUCCACACAAGGGAGAAACCAUUUAAGUGCACAGAAUGUGGGGCUGGAUUCUCUAACAGCAGCAGCCUGCACAAUCACCAGAAAAUUCACCCGGGGGUAAAACCCUUCACCUGUACGGAAUGCUGGAAAAGUUUUACCCAUAAGUACCAACUCCUUGUUCACAUGAUCACUCACACGGGGGUGAAACCCUUUACCUGCACGGAGUGUGGGAAAAGCUUCCCUUUGAAGAAGAGACUGACCAGCCACCAGAAGAUCCACACGGAGACAAAGCAUUUCACAUGCGCCGAAUGUGGCAAAAGCUUCUCUUUAAAAAAGGGACUUACCCGCCACCUGAAAAUCCACAGCGAGGAAAAACCAUUCCGGUGUAAAGAGUGCGGCAAAGAGUUUUCUAUGAAGAAUUAUCUUCAGAGACACGAAAUCGUUCACACAGGGAAGAAACCAUUCACGUGCACAGAGUGUGGGAGGAGCUUCUCUCACAAGUUCAGCCUUCACAUCCACCAUAGGAUUCACACGGGGGAGAAACCAUUUACCUGCACAGAGUGUGGGAAAGGCUUCUCUAUCAAAUAUGAUCUUCAAAUUCACCAGCGGAUUCACACGGGGGAGAAACCAUUCAUGUGCAGUGAAUGUGGGAAAAGCUUCUCCCACAAGAGCAGCCUUCGCAUCCACCAGAGACUUCACACGGGGGAGACCCCGUUUACCUGCACAGAGUGUGGCAAAUGUUUCUCCCAUAAGAAUAACCUACAGAUACACCAGAAAUUUCAUACAGGGGAUAAAUGUUGUUCAGACACCGACUCGCUGAGACUGGAGGUGAAAUCGGAAAACGAAGAAUCGGACACAGAGGAUCCGGUGCAGUCGGACAGUGAGGAUGAUCAGUCACCAGUAAAAAAUGAAGGGGAUUCGGCCCCUGAGGCCGAUCAAACUGAGGAGGAGCCAGAGAUUCUGAAGAUAAAAAUAAAGGAAGAAGAACCCGACUAUGAAUAUGAUUCAAACCCGAUGGAAAGCUCGACGGGGGCAUUUAAUGACUGGGAUACCUGCUGGAAUGGCGACGAGACCUGGGAGCCCGACACCGCUCGGCAUUGGGCGAGGCGCCGCGGCUCCCACGUGGCAGAAUCCAGCGACUUCUCCAGCUCCCAGGACCCCGCCACGGAGCCACUACACGGCGGCGAAGGGUUAACGGAGCAGCGAGCGGCCGAGGAUCCCGCAGCGAGCAGCAAAUCGUCGGGUUUUAUCUGCGAUAAGUGCGGGAAGUGUUUCUCUACUAAGCGCUACCUUCACUUGCACGACAGUCUGCACACAGGAGAGAACCCCUUCAAGUGCACCGAGUGCGGCAAGUGUUUCUCCUGUAAGAAUAGCCUCCUCAUACACAAUAGGAUCCACACUGGGGAGAAACCAUUCUCCUGCUCCGAGUGCGGCAAGAGCUUCUCCCGUAAGAGUUACCUGCGCAUCCACCAUAGAAUUCACACCGGGGAGAACCCCUUCACCUGCACCGAGUGUGGCAAAAGCUUCACCAACAACACCAGCCUGCACGCCCACCUCCGAAUCCACACAGGGGUGAAACCAUUCACCUGCACCGAAUGCGGCAAGUUAUUCUCCGACCUGAGCACCCUCCGCCGGCACGAGAAUAUUCACAAGGCGGAAAAGCCUUUCUCUUGCUCCGAGUGUGGGAAGUGCUUCACGUUGAAGGACACCCUGCGUAGGCACGAGAAAAUACACACGGGGGAGAACCCAUUCACCUGCACCGAGUGUGGCAAAAGCUUCCGCCAAAAGAGCCACCUGCGCAGGCAUCAGACCACCCACACGGGGGCCAAACCCUUCACGUGUAACGAGUGCGGCAAGUGUUUCACCGUGAAGGAUACGCUGCACCGACACCAGAAAAUCCACAUGAGAGAAACCUUUCACAUGUACCGGAUGUGGGAAACGUUUCUGUCCGGGACAGGCUGGGAUUGUGUUUGUAACUCCCCCCCCCUGUGUCCCUGGCAUUCCCCUCCCCUGCACUCACAUCCCCAGCCUGGGCUACUGGGUUCUCCAGAGAUGGAACCAAGGAGGUUAGAGGGGAAAUGGGAGAAUGAAGAGCCGGACACUGAGGAGCCUCUGCCCACAAUAAAGAGGGAAAUGGAUCCCGUUCCUGGGGCCGCUUCCCCAUUGGCUGAAUCAGAAAUAUUACAGAUAAAGAUAAAGGAGGAGGAACCGGACUCAGAACAUGAUGGGAGCCCAGCAGGAAGAUCUGCACUUACAUUUACUCGCUGGGACAAUUGCUGGAGUGAUGAGGAGAACUGGGACAACUACAGGCCACAGUUAAACCAACACCGCUCUGAUGCCCCCGGGUCCCUUGAUACCCCCGGUACUCUGGGUACAGACAAGGGCACUGGGGUAUUAAUGGGCAGUGAAGAGCAAAGCUGCGAAUCGGCCCCAGGGCACGAGGACGGCCCGGCCGGCACAGAACCAUCGGGCUUUAUCUGCAGUAAGUGUGGGAAUAGUUUCUCGGAGCACCGGGAGCUGCACACCCACCUCUAUGCCUGCGCCGGGAGGAAGAUGGGGGGCAGGGACCCCCGAGUCAGCGCAGAGGGGCAAAACUUCCAUAAAAACGGCAGAAUCCUUUCCAGAGAGAAACCCUUCAAGUGCACAGAGUGCGGGAAAUGCUUCUCCUUUAGGAACAGCCUUCAGCUCCAUCACAGGAUUCACACCGGGGAGAAACCAUUCACCUGCGCGGAAUGUGGGAAAAGCUUUUCCCGAAAGAGCAGCCUGCAGUUACACUGCCGCAUUCACACGGGGGACAACCCCUACGUGUGCACAGAGUGCGGGAAGCGCUUUUCCAGCAACAGCAGCCUCCACGCUCACCUGAGGACUCACACGGGGGUGAAACCAUUCGCCUGCGCCGAGUGUGGGAGAUUCUUUUCCGACCUGAGCACGUUACGUAGGCACCAGAACACGCACAAAGCAGAGAAACCAUUCGUAUGCACGGAAUGUGGGAAGGGCUUCACCCUAAAGGACACCCUGCGCCGGCACCAGCGGAUUCACACGGGGGAGAAACCAUUCACCUGUACGGAAUGUGGCAAAAGUUAUUAUCAAAGCAGCAACCUCCAAAAGCACCAGGCGAUUCAUACUGGGGUGAAACCAUUUAGGUGCACAGAGUGUGGGAGGAGCUUCACCUUCAAUGACAGCCUCCGCAACCACCAGAGGAUCCACACAGGGGAGAAACCAUUCGUGUGCUCAGAGUGCGGGAAGAUGUUCUCCCUAAAGAGCACCCUCCACAAGCACCAGAUUGUGCACACCGGGGAGAAACCAUUCACCUGCGCAGAGUGUGGGAGGAGCUUCUCGUUAAACAGCAGCUUUCACUACCACAAGAAAACGCACAAGAGGGAUAAACAAAGGAAGACAAACAAAAUGAUCAAAAUGGGGAAAAAAGGACUUAAAAAAAGGACUUGAAUCAAUAAUUGGACUAAACCAUCGAUCAUCUACAAUAAAUACAUAGUCCUGCGCACACCAAA